UUAUAACUCUUGAACGGUUGCAUAUUUUUAGAUGAAAUUUGAAAUUCGAUGUAGCUUCCUAUCAAGUUCUAAAAACCAGGAUACUACUAACAGCAAAAAAAAUCCUGAGGAGGGAUCAGGAAAAUGCUAAUUUUUUUUUCGCAAACUCCGAGUGAAAAUUUUUUUUUGAUAAUAUUCCAUCAUUUGAAUCCAACAUCAACUUCCAUAAGUUUCAUCUGGAUCAGAGAUGGACAAAGUCGCACCGCGCCUCCCCGCGCCGUUGCUCACGCCUACGCUACACUUGUCUGAGCUUCGAUGAGCGCAUGCUUAGAGCAUUCCGGUAUUCGAUGGAGUUUGAGAAACUGAUUGGUAGAGCAAAGAGAAAGAGUGAUGUGCGUAGCGCCUAGGCGCGAGCAGUGGCGCGGUGCGAUUUUGUCCAUCUCUGAUCUGGAUCCCAUACUCAAAAGUCGAAUACUGAAAAAUCCUGGUUGCCGUCACUGUAAUGAAUAUGUUAUUGUUAUAUUUAUUUUAGUCACGACGAAUUGAUAUAAUUAUUGUUCCAUAUGCUGAACAUGCAUGUGCUCUACUUUAUUUUACUGGUUCAAUGUUAUUCAAUCGUUCAAUGCGUCAAUUAGCUGAUGAAAAUAAUAUGUAUUUAUCACAACAUCGUUUACAUGUUGGUGUUAUUCGAAUGGGAAAAAAUAAAGUUAAUGAAGGUCGAUUAGUACCAACACCAACUGAAGAAUCAAUAUUUCAAUAUUUAAAAUUACCUUAUCGUCCACCAGCAGAACGUGAUUAUUAA